UCUCUCUCUCUCUCUCUCCCUCUCUCCGUCUUUCUCUCUCAUUUUUGUUCUGGUUACUGUGGGAAGCUCCAGUGUCAUGUUCACGAUGGCGAAGGCGUGAACGAACGGAAAUCUUCUCCUCAGUUCGAGCCCCUGAGCUCUGCUCUUGCUUCCUUUGUUCUUGAGAAAACGCGAACGGCGCUGAAGAACAAAUAAAUAAUAAAAAUCCGCGAGGGGUGUAAACACACCGAGAUGGAGGUCAGCGCGACGCGUUUACACACAAACCCGCUCCGUUCCCUCCGUUAAAGCUCCACACCGAACAUUAGUUCUCCCGGGAAGAUGUUGACUGGAUCCAAGACGACCUUUAAAGUCCGGCAGAUGCCCGACCUGAAGGACAGGAUAAUGAACCAGAGCGGUCUUCAUGCUCGAGGCAGAGACAUGUUCGGUCUGUGCUGUUUACCAGGAGAGUGCGUCCUCCAGAGAGCCGUUCUGGUGAGGAAGAAGCUCUCGCCUAAAGAAGGAGGAGGCUGGCUGUCGGGCACGCUGUUCUGCACCCAUUUCCGAGUGGCCUUUGUGCCUCAGGACAGCCCGAGACCAGACGACAAUGCCGAUCCUGUGCUCCUCGGAGACCAUGACGUCGCGCUGGCCUCCAUCGAGAAGGUCGUGGCCGUGGGACCGUCCCGAACCAAACUGGUGACCCCUAACUCCUCUCUGAAGUUCACUCCCGAGGAGCUGGUGCUGUACUGCAGAGACCUGCGCGUCCUCUGCUUCCUGUUUGACCGGCUCACUCCCGACGCUCAGGCUGUGGAGAUCACGUACACCAUCGCAAAGACGUACCAGCCGCUGAAACCCGGCGCCAUCCUGUCCUUCCAGAACGCGGCUUUGGGAAGCAUCGAAAUGAAACAGUUCCUGAGCAACCGGAGGCGUGACCCGAGCAUGAACUGGUACGAGAGCGCAGCGGACUGGGAGCAGGAGCUGGAGAGGACCGGAGCCACCGGAUGGAGGGUCAGCGGCGUCAACGACCGCUUCGAAAUGUCCACCAGCCUGUCCAGGUUUAACGUGGUUCCUCAGAAGGUCCUCGACACCGAGCUGAAGAAAACAUUCGCCCAUUUUAAUGAGGGUCGCAUCCCACGCUGGUGUUGGCGGCAUCCGUGCAGCAGUGACCUGCUCCGCAUGGCCAGCUUUCAGAACAACAUCUAUCACGAGAAGGACGAUAUCCGGAACCUGGAGCUGAUCCUGUUCGGUGGCCAGACGCAGUGUGUGGUGGUGGACCUCGGGGACGAAAUGCCUUCGCCGGCGGACGUGCAGCUCGCGCACGCACGACUGCGCUCCCUGUGCCUCGGAGAUAUUUCAUCCUCCGUGUCCGUGCCGGACGAUAAGUGGCUUUCCACUCUGGAGGGGACUCGCUGGCUGGAUUUCACCAGGUGCUGUCUACGAAAAGCCGCAGAAGUGUCCUGCUUGCUCCAGAGAGGCCAAUUAACUGUCGUUCUACAAGAGCCGGAGGACCGGGACAUGAACUGCGUGGUGUCCAGUCUGGUGCAGGUGAUGUGUGACCCGCACUUCCGCACCGUCGCAGGCUUUCAGAGCCUCGUGCAGAAGGAGUGGGUGAUGGCGGGGCACCGGUUCUUAAGCCGCAUCAACUACCACCGAGACAGCGACAAGGAGGAGGCUCCGGUCUUCCUGCUCUUCCUGGACUGUGUGUGGCAGCUGUGGGCUCAGUUUCCAGCCCGUUUCCAGCUGACUGAAGCCUACCUGCUGGCCCUCCAUGACAGCGUGCAGCUGCCUCUGUUCAGCACCUUCCUGGCCAACUGUCAGAGAGAGCGAUGUCGCCGAUCACAGCACUUGUCCCCGAGCUACACUCCAGUAAACGGGCUGAGAGAGUUACCCAGAGGCUCGGUCGAGGAGCCGGUGGACCCUCCGUACCCCCCCGUGUGGGACUGGGCCCUUCAAUACAGCAGCCGGAGACGGGCCCUGUUCACCCAGCCCGUGUGCCGACCCGCUUCCCCUGCACCUGUGCUCAACGGCAACAUCAACACCAACCUGGAGCCCGAGUGGAGUGACAGCGCUGUAGGCUCAGUGUUCCUGCUCUCGCGUGGUGUCUUUUCCUGUCCUUCCAACCUGCUGCCGUGGAGAAGUGGAGCAGGUUCGGGUUCCUACAAAAAGAGCCACAACAGGGCUCCAUCCUGCGAGGGCCUGCCUGCUCUCGAGCGCCUGAUCAGAGCCGAACCGUUACCCUCCAGCCUCCACGAACCCCACGGGCCCCUGCUGCCCCUGCUCCUCGGGCCCUGCGUGCACGUCUGGAGGAACUGCUACCUGAGAGGGGCGCUGCAUGCGCAGGCUUUCACGUACCCGAUGGCGUCGAACACGAGGCACCCGGUGGAACAACUGGCUUGCGAGGUGGAGAACCUGCGAGAACGUUUGGCCCAAGCCUCCACGGGCCGUCCUCAAAACCGCAAGAGACAGGAACACCGCCGCCUCGGCUCCAACCUCAACCAGAACGCCAACAACGGCACGUUCCUCUUUUCCUCUUCCUCCUCUUCCUCCUCCUCUUCUUCAUCCUCCUCCUCCUCUUCCUCAUCCUCGUCCAGGAGCUCUCACCAGGCGAGCCCGAGCCGCGUCUCGGGACGCUCCGGCUACAGCGACGGACCCAAACACACGUUCCUGUUCGGUCGCUCCUCCUCGAGUUCUAGUGCCAAACUGCCCAAGAGUAGCGGCUCACUGGGGCACAAGCCUCGCUGAGCUUUAGGCAGGACAAUUAAACUAUGCAUGUGGGAUGGAAUCUUGUCACAGGACCAAGCGUUUAGAAAUAUUUUCUCUGUGUCACUGAAUAUGAAAUGUUCUACUUUCCUUUCCAUAAUCGGCACACAUCACAGCCUCGGCACUCGGUACUCCGAUUAGGGAAUAAAAGCACAGCAUUCCUUUAUCCUGAGUAUUUCAUACAAAGCUACUUAAGUGUGUGUGUGUGUGUGUGUGUGUAGUACUUAAUAGUAUAUACUACUAGUAGAGUAUAGUAGUAUGCAGUAUACAGUGCCUUGCAUAAGUAUUCAACAUCUUUGGACUUUUGUGCGUUAGGACGUGGAACUGAAAUGAACUCCUCGUGAAGCACGGUGGCCGUAGCAUCAUGUUCAGCGUAACCCUUGACCUCUUGGUUUUGCCUCUGACCAAUCCCCUCUCGCUCGUGCUCGACAGCCUCCUCUAGGCUAGAGUCAUGGUUGUGCCAUAUUCUUUUAAAUAAAUAAAUACUAGGUUUAAUCGUGUUGAAGGUUUGGGACAUUUUUAUAACCGAACCCCGCUUCAUACCUUUCCAGAACUUUCUCCCAGAUCGUUCUUCACGCCUCAGGACGCUUCUAGUUUAGGUAUGUUCCCUAUCAAACUCUGGGUUCUUCUUCCAGGCACAGGUGUGUUUAUAUAUUCACAUCACAUGAUUUCCCAGGUCGACUAUUUAUAUAACUAUCGAUGGCAACGGAUUCCGGGGUUUCAGAGCGACGCAAUCGCAGCUUCUUUAUUUCUUACAUUUAUUAAUAAUUAUCUCUCUUUCUGCCUGUUUUAGUAUUACGGGCUAUUAAGUAUAUUUCAGUUCCAGGUCAAGUGAAAAGGUGGAUGAAAAUAUAUGCGACGCACUGUAAUAGUGUUAUUGUAGGUGACGUGUAGACGUAUCGCAGCAUUUCAAGCACAUUUUCCGCUCGUUAAUGCACAACGGGACGUAGAAUGGUCCGAAGAGAUGCAUACGGCAGGAUUCUUCAGAACAGGAGCAUGUAAAGUGUGUUGAUUGUGUUAUUGUGUAACCGCCCCCACCGCUAAAAAAAAAAAAUAAUAAUUGUGCAGUUGAGGCCAAAUAUCUUCCAACAAAAUGGGGAUUUUGAGGAUUUACCUUCUUUUCAUCUCCACUAGAUGGCGACAGUGUGUAUUAAACUGAGUGGCGCAUUAGGACUUAACCUGAAUCCCAUUAACAUAUGAGAGGAGGAGGAGGAGGUGUGUGUAUACGAUACGCAAGGUACAAUACAAGUGUGUGUGCGUGUGUGUAUAAAUAGUGUUAUCAUAUUUUAUACAUUAGGUCCAGUAUUAAUGAAGAAGGAAAGCACAAGUUUUACAUCAUGCAAAUUAUUUAUAACAUUCCCACGUCUGAGUUAUUGCUGAUUAUUUGACCUUUUAUGGUUUAAUGAGAACGAGUCCUAUGAUCAUGCCACGGAUAUGAGACGGUGUGUACGGACCGUACGAUCAGAGAUCAGAACUUUCCUGCUAAUAUUUAAAUACUUGUUUAUAUUGUCUUUUUUUUUUUUUUUUUUUUUUUUUUUUGUAUUUGUUUGUACGCACAAAACUCCGGUACUUCUUUCAGUGUCUGUAUGCGAGUUUUCACCAGACAUAUAUCUCGAGGAUUCCACAAGUCUGAGACCAAAUUUGGAAGGGAAAAAAAAAAAAGAGAGAGAGAGAGAGACAGAGGAACGUCUUACAUGUUCGUUCUGCUCGAUCGUGCACUGUUUGUACGUCACUAGUUUAAAUCUGAGCUGAUUUAUGAUCUUAAUCAUGUUAAAUCCUUUAUACAAACGGUCAGAUUUUCUCCUCCGUCGAGGAUGGAUUCGAUCUGACACGGCUCCACGGCUCACGCCGUCUCAAGAAGUUAAAGGAUUAAAGCGAGGGGGAUGAACCAGAUACGUCGAAGGUUCGAAUUCUAAUGGCAUUUGAAAUGUAAUAAGAAUGCAUAAUUGAAGUAUUUUCACUAGCGCACUCAGACUUUUGGACCACAUUGUACAUUAAAGAAAAAUCCAUUUGUAUUAUUGAUGAUGAUGAUGAUGAUGAUAUGGUUGUUUAAAAUGCUGCCACUGUGUAUACGCAGAAAGAUUUCUCCCAUCUGUUUAUAAGCCGUGUUCGAUCUUAAUUGUCCGAGCUGUAGGUGUUGUGCUGGAACUCCAGAAGAAAAGGUACCGCGCGCUGUAAACCUUCACUAGCAAUGUGUUGGAGUAUAUAUAAAAUAUCAAAUGUAAAAUUAUAAAGUGCGCUUGAUAUGA